CUGGCGCCCCGUCUCCGCGCCGGAACCUGCACGCAGCAGGCCAGCAGCCGAUCCCCGGCUCCCCCCUCCAGUCCUUCUGCUCUCCGAGGACCCACCAAGCCCUAAAAUUCACGUUUGGCCUCAACCGAAGUAUGGAUCUUGCUCCUUUCAAGCUGGAUAUUGACGAGCUGCUAGAUGAUUAUGCCAAGGAAAAUUGCACGUCAUUCACCGAUUUCAAGAGAGUGUGGAUGGCCAAGAAGUUCUCUUACAUCUAUGAGGGCAGACCCAAGACAAACUCUGGUGUUUUCAUGCAGUCCCUCUUUUUGCAUUGUAUCGGCUAUAUGACUUCCCAAAGUUCUCUAUGCCAGAGGUUGGCUGGGCUUUACUGCCUUUACUGUCUUUAUGAGUGCCAACCAUACAAGCCACACUUCAAAAUUUAUCUGUCUCUUGAGGAGUGCAAACAACUCAAAGAGUUCGUCAUGGAGGCUAAGCAGAGCGGAGUUGGUCUCGUACCAGCACUUGUCAAAAGGAUGCUAGACAAAGGCAUGUUUUUGUUUGGAUUCAUCAAUUUGCUUGGUGACCAUGGGGCCAAGCAGGUUGAUGAAUUCAAUGCAUUCCAGACUAAGCGGGUGAAAUUUGCCUGUAACAAGUUAUUUGCAAAUACUCAAAUAGGGAGAUAUACACACACAGACUUGGGUGAGGAGCUUGAACUUGAUACUAUCAAGAAAUUGUCAAUGGACUACGCUAAAGCCAAAGAAUCAGCGUUCACAGAGUUGAGCCAAACGGUUGAUGUGGAAGAUGCUAAGCACAUCCUUCAGAAUGACAAACUGCUGGGCGACAGGGUAGGAAAAAUCGUGAAAGAGUGGGAUGCCCAGAAGGAAGAGUUCUACCAGAAAACCGGUGUGUCACCCGGUGAUGAACUGGUGGUGGUUGACAAUGACGAACCAGGAGAAUUCCUGGACGAAAACGAUGGCCACACUGAACUGGCGGUGAUUGACAAUGACAAAUCAGGAGAAUUCUACGAUGAAGACGGGGGAUUUGAUGAGUUAGAGCAGCUUCUGCUGGAAUAAGGAGCUUGCAGUAAACCCUGAGGAAUAACUGAAGAACUGCUGCUCUGCUCACAUCCCUGCUCGUGCCAUUGUGUUGCGACAUGAAAUCGAUGCCAUUUGGGCGUGGGAUCUUGAAACCGUUUUUAUUACCUUAACAUUGUUGCAAGGAAAACAUCUGUAUAUAGGUCUAAUUUUGUGAUAUUUCCAUGUAGCAUGUAUUGGGUCUUCUGAUUAGUGGAAUGUUCCAUUUUUGCA